ACAAAUGGCUCUAUUAGGUAAAACAUUAAAAGGUCGAAGUACCCGUCCAGGUGGUCUUCCUUAAAAGCGAAAUAUAAAAUAUCGUCAAUUAGCAAAAAACCAGGAAGAAUUCGACUAACUAAAACAACUAGCCAAACUAAAACGCGAAGGUUUAAAAAACCGUAUAAAAGAUGAAUAAAAGAUAGUUUUAUUUAACAAAAAGAAGCUUUUGACCUAUUGGCGUAAAAUAAUGAGAAUAGCAAAAACUGAACAAAUAAAAAAUGAAAUCGACAUAUACUCUUAAAACAACUAACGAGAAUUAGAUUCUAAAGAAGCUUUCAUAUAAAUGCUUGACAAAAACCUAGAUGAAGCCGAGGAUUAAUUCCAAAUUGCCCUAAGGAACCAUCUAAUGCAUACUGAUAACUUGAAUUAACUCUAAGAAGCACGAAUGAGGGGUCUAUAGGAAGAAUUUAACCGCGAUAUUUAGAUUUUAGAGAAUGAAUUUGACUUAGAAAGAGAAGAUAUGGUAAAAACACACAAAACACACUUAAAAGAACUUGAGGAUAUGAUAGAGACGGUAAAAGAAGAGGAUAAAAAGAAAAUGGAAGAAGCCUAGAAUGAGUUUUCAUAGUUCAAAGAGGAGACUAAGAACAAAAAUUUAGAAGAAACUAAUGUAAUGAAGAUUAUUUUGGAGACUAAAUAGACAAAAUAUUACACUGAAUUGGAAUAGAUGAAUUCGAAAUUUCAAAGUGAUACUUCAAAUAAAGUUAAAGAUCAUUAAUUUCUGCAUUAGCAUAAUAAAAAUAGGAAAAAAGAAAUAGAUAGGUACUUAAGAAUGAUUGCGUCUAAAAAAGCUAAUAUAGAACUCGAAAAAGUCAAAAUCAAUUAACAUUGUAAAGAAUUUAAUGCCAGGAAUUAGGCUCUUAAAAAAGAAAAGGAAAACAUAUCUAAUAGUUAUCAUGAUUUAAAGCAUAAAAUGUAGAAAUUCAGAGAAGAAGAGUCUAAUAGACUUAAAGAAUUGACUAAUAAUUCCAGAAAUACAGUACUUAAGUUAAAAGAAUAUGCAUUAUUAGGCGAAAAAAUACUUAAAACAGCAGAAUUAUGUAGAAGAUUAGAAACUGAAAAGGAAAAAGUAAUACCUUUUUAUGAAGAGACAGUAGAUGACGAUGAAAUACCUUAAUAAUUGAAGGAUGAAUUAGAAUAUUUGAAACCUGAAGAAAAAGAUGAGUAUUCUUAUUUAAAUAAUUUCUAUAAAAGAUAUAAUAAAGUCUUAUUGGAUAAAUUAGCUAUAGAUAAAUAAAAAGAAAAUCUAUAAAAAGAUAAUAAAUUACUCAAAUCUUUACUUAAAUAAUAUUUAGAUGGAAUUUCGCUAAAUGAUGAUGUACUUAAAAAUGAAAAUAAUCCACUUCUAGUUGUAAAUCACAAAUUUAAUUUAGGAAAAAUUUAAGCAGAGAGAUAUGAAAACAAAACAAUUAUAGAAGGUCCUUUUUAAGUUAGAAGUACUUAAAUGUAAUUAUAAGGAUAAAAACCAGGAUAUUUUUGA